AUGGAAAUUUUCUCAGUCUUUCCUUUUUAUAUAUUUUCAUUCUUUCUCCUUCCUUCUCCCUACUCUGUCUUUUACUCACCUGCUUUCUUUAAAAAAAAUAGUCUCCUUCUUUCAUUUUAUUUUUCAUUUUCUCCUCCUCUUUUUGCCUAUUUUCAUUACAUUUUCAGUGUUCUUUCUUCCAUUCAUUCUUUUUUAAAUCUUCUCAUUCGUUUCUUUUUCUUUACUUCUCAUUCUUUUAUUCCUUUAAUUCUUUUUAAAGUUCCACUCUGUCUUUACUUUCUCUUCCCAUUCUUUAUUCAUCUUUCUUUAAAGGUUUUUUUUUUAUUCAGUCUUUCUUCUUUAAUUUUUUUUUUUUAUUCAGUCUUUCUUCUUUUUUUUUUUUUUUUAUUCAGUCUUUCUUCUUUAAAGUCUUUCUUCUUUAAAGGUUUUUUUUUCAGUCUUUCUUCUUUUUUUUUUUUUAUUCAGUCUUUCUUCUUUAAAGGUUUUUUUUUAUUCAGUCUUUCUUCUUUUAAGUCUUUCUUCUUUAAUUUUUUUUUUUUAUUCAGUCUUUCUUCUUUAAAGGUUUUUUUUAUUCAGUCUUUCUUCUUUAAAUAUUUUUUUUAUUCAGUCUUUCUUCUUUUAAGUUUUCUUCUUUUUUUUUUAUUCAGUCUUUCUUCUUUAAAGGUUUUUUUUAUUCAGUCUUUCUUCUUUAAAGGUUUUUUUUUUAUUCAGUCUUUCUUCUUUAAAGGUUUUUUUUUUAUUCAGUCUUUCUUCUUUAAAGGUUUUUUUUUUAUUCAGUCUUUCUUCUUUAAAGGUUUUUUUUUUAUUCAGUCUUUCUUCUUUAAAGGUUUUUUUUUUAUUCAGUCUUUCUUCUUUAAAGGUUUUUUUUUUAUUCAGUCUUUCUUCUUUAAAGGUUUUUUUUUUAUUCAGUCUUUCUUCUUUAAAGGUUUUUUUUUUUAUUCAGUCUUUCUUCUUUAA